AUGAGCGACUCAACCAACGAGGCAGUGAUGGAAUCAGCAUCGUCGUCCUCAUCUAAGAUUAAAAGAUGGAAGAUCUCAGAUGGCGCUACGAGCACCAAGCUUCCGAUGGAUCUGAUCAUGGAGAUACUCAAACCAGUACCGGCGGAAACCCUAGUGAACUUGUGCAAAUCGAAGCCAUUGGCAUCAAUCAUACGCGACCGUCAUUUCAAGAAACUGUUCCUCACCCACUCUUCUUCUCGACUCGGUCGUCUCUUUGUCUCCUUCAGACGUUCAGAUGGUUAUAAUUUACUAUCUUCGUCGCUCCCAAGACAAAACCCCCACCCAAGUGUAGAAAGUGAAGAAGGAGAAGCCUUAUCUGUAGCUGAUACUUACCUUAGGCAACUUCCUUCACGUUUACGCCCAAUCAACUCUUCAUGGAUUCGUGGUUUGAUUUGCUAUAGGUUUUAUUGCUUUGGUCGUUCUACACUUAUGGUUUUGUGUUGGAAGCGGCAAAGAGAGUAA